UUCCAGCGCGAGCUGGUUGGUGGUCAAACACCGUCUAAGUUUGCUAAAGCCAUUAAAUAUGAAGCAAAUUCUCAAUGAGAGUAUGACGUCAAAAUGUCUGAAUCUACAACGACCGGUUUAGGCUUUCCUCUAAGCGAAAUCGUUUGAAAUUACCACCGAGUUCUUCCGUCACAAACCUCUCACGAACGAAUGAAUAACGUGGUGCAACGCGGAGCGCAUGCUGAACGCAACUGCUUAGGUUUGCUAAAAAAAAGUGCUACCGCGAUGCGGCAGUUGUCAGGGGGAUACCGGAGAGGAGGGGGUGUGAUUGGCUGAAGUGGCACUGUUGCCUUGGCGACGGUGGGGGUGGGAGGGGGGUACGGAAGCGUUGCCGUGCGGCGUGAUCUCCGCGCUGCGUGGAUGGAGGAAGCAGCUGCUGAUCUUUUGACACAGCUCGAGCGAAAGGCUACUGCAUGAAAGCACGGGAGCUUUGUCGUCGGACGCGACAGUAGAAUGCACGAAUACCCUCCUGGUUUGAUGGGUCCGAUAAUCGGGAUGUCUCCAGAUAAGAAAGCCGAAUCUCCCGGAGCGCAGGCUGUGUGUGGAGCUGGGACGCUACCUGAAGCAGAGAGUGCUUCCAGUCCCAUGGCUACCAGUCUGGACCAGAUUGGUCGGGCUGGAGCAUUGAGUGUGGUGGCGGGUGAGUCUGAAGAUGAUGAACUAACCAACCUGAACUGGCUUCAUGAGAACCUGCUGCAGAACUUCACGCUCGGAGGUGAAGCGCAACCCAUCAACAGCCCGCUGUUUGACAUCGAGGGAGGCGGUGGGUCGCCACACAGCAACACCGCCUCGUCCACCUCCUCAAUCUCUGCAGGAAGCGAGAGAGAUCCUUACAAGUCAAAGCCUCCUUUCUCUUUCUCCUUACUGAUAUACAUGGCUAUCGAACAGUCACCCAGCAAAUCUCUUCCAGUGAAGGACAUCUAUGGCUGGAUCCUCAAACAUUUUCCAUAUUUCUCCAGCGCCCCUACUGGCUGGAAGAAUUCAGUGCGCCACAACCUGUCUCUCAACAAGUGCUUCCGCAAAGUAGAGCGAAGCAUAGGAAAGACCAAUGGGAAAGGCUCUCUGUGGUGUGUUCACCCCGAGUUCCGGCCCAUGCUGAUGCAAGCCCUGAAGAAACAGCACUUCCCGAAUGCACAUGCCUUCUGCACUCCACCUGCCUCCCCUCCUAGUGCCUCGUCUCCUCCUCAUCACCUUUUCACAUCAGAGCAGUGCUGUGCCCUAAAAGACCCAGAUGAUCAAGAAGGACCCAUAGAUCUCUCCCGAAGGGACUUGGUGGUUGUGAGUCGGGAUCCAAAGCAGGAUCACAACUACAGCAGCACCCCUGUCCCGCCCUGCCCUCGCCAGAUGCCUCCUUCACAGCCGGUCAGCUUCAGUCUGGCUCUACACCACGAUCAGGAGAGAGGAGGCGGGGCUCGAUGGCCACGCAGCCCGCUACAGGCUCCACUUUUAGGAAAGAGGAGCAGAAGAGAUCCUCGUCCAGAUGUGGAUGAGGAGCUCAAGGAGGCAGCCGGCUCACUCCUACACCUGGCUGGUAUUCGCACCAGUUUAGUCGCCUCAAGACGCAAGAGCAGGAAACUCAGUAGGAAAUGAACCCAAUUCUGUGACUCCAUCCUGUGGCCUGCCCAACCUCUCUCUUCUGGUUUGGUGUAUCUUCCUUCUUGUUUGUAAUUGUUGGGGUGUUUUCUUUCCUUUCGUCUUUUUAACUGGGAUGACGUCCCGGUCCACUCAUCAAACAUGGCAAUACAAACACAGGAGAGAAAAGCCAUACUGACAUAUUUUAUGUACAGAAAAAGAAUCCAAUUUGAAUGAGCAGCCCACAUCAUUUGAGUUUAACGGUAUGAGAGUUUGAAGAUGUUAACUGUAAAACAACAAAAAAAAACUUUAAGAUUUGCAUGCUUCCACUUCUAAAUCAACACAAACUUAUUUAUACGGAAAUGAAUGCAUGGAUUUUACAAGCUCCCAAGAUCUCGCACUUCUUAACUAUAGAGGGAAAAAGCUUAAAAAAAAAAACAAGAGAGAGAAAUCUGAAAGUGCCAUUGAUUUUGGAUCAUAAUAUAAACAUUGAUACAAAAGAAGAAAUGCAAUAAUUAUUUGACCUAAAUAUCUUAGUUAUUUUAUUUUUGUACUGCUGGUUUAUAUCUCUUGUGGUGGUGACGGCAUGCCCCUGGGAGCCUUCUGCUGCCGCUGUUAUGAUGUCAAAACCAUGUGAAUCCUCCAGUGCAUCCUGAUUGGAUCAGUUUUGCAUCCCCAUCCUGACCACUAUGACUGGAGAACAGCUGGAAGGAAACAGCUUUUUGUUGCAUGCACAUCAGCCUUCGUGUUUCUCAGAUGCUAGUGAUCAGGUGUUGUGCUAUUCCAUAUGCACUGACUUGAUUAAAUCAUUGCCCGUGUGCAUAUUGCUUGCUUUCAGAGUGUACUAAAAAGCAGCCAAUCAAAACAAGAACCUCUUUACCUCUACUAUAUGAUUCGAACCCCUCUUUCCCUUUCCUGUUCCUUGACUUUGUUGGCGUGAGUGUCACAUUUGUCAGGCCUUUGUCAUCUGUUUCUUGGUUUAAACUGUGUGACGAAGCCUCCAGCCGGAGCUCUGUGAAACGCCACUUCUUUCCAUUGCUGCUUUUGUGCUGGCGCUGUGCUGCUCCAGACUUCAGAGAGUUCAGAAGAAACCAGAGACAAUGUGAACUGCACAAUAAAUGCGCCUGUGAGCAGAGACAAAGACAUUCUCCCAUCGCUGCUGCUCACGGACGCUGCUGACCAUGGGAGAAAGGAUCACAGGAAGUGAAACGGGAGCGUGGACAGUAUAUUGCUUGACGGUGAUGGGAGAGCCAACUGGAUGUGAACUGAGAACUUUGCCACUAAAAACUCUCUGGACUCCCGGCCAUGUUUAACCCAGGUUUUAUUUUUUGUCCCAUUUGAGAUCGCCAAAGUUGCUGCUCACAAAACUUGCCUGGCUGUGUGUUCCCAAUAGUUUGUGUGUUUAUGAUUGGGUUUUUAAGUGUUUGUUUGAGGCUACAUUAGGAUUUUAUAUACCCAAGCAUGUGAAAUUGUGAACUAUAGCUGCCACUUGCCCCUUUACACUGGAGAACCAGAACAUUCUGUUUGAGUUGAAUACUUUAAAACUGCCUAUCCUUGUGAAGCUCUUUCCCUGUCACUUUAAACAUGGCUGCCAAUUCGUCCCCUUCUAGCUGUACAUAAUGCUAAUACAGAAUGCAAGUAUUAAUGCAGGGAGGGGAGCCAAGCAGUAGUUUUAGAAUUUGAGGCCAUUUCUGAAAACAGCUGCCUAUGAAUUAUUAUAUUAUUGUUAUUAUUAUUAAGAUAAGGUCCACCGACUGAGUUGCCACUUCCCUGUCAGUUUUGUCAUGUUCUUCUGCUGUAUGUGGCAGCUGAACCUGAUUUUUGAUUUUGUAAGCUAACCUCUGUUAAUAAAAGGUUUAUAAAGUUUAUUUUUGCCAAAGAUAUGCAAUUGUUGCAUUAUAUAUGGUAUUAAAGAAUAAAAAAAGUUUUUUUUCUUUU